AUGAUGAUGACAAACCUUUCUAAUCGAAUCAUGGAUAUUCCAUGCCAAACCCCAUAUCCUUAUAAUCACGAAUGGCCAAUACCUUCGACAUCGGAGACGUUUUCUUUAUAUCCGUCACCAGCACAUACUACGAAUUGUUAUGCUAUUUCAUCAUGUCCUGCUCCACCUUCUUCGUCCUACUAUGACUACUAUACGCCAUCAAAUAGUUAUCCAUCAAUAACGAACACUUGCCAAUCACAUUACAAUACCUAUGCACCGUUCACUCAACAAAAUCUUGUUCAAACAAGUCCACUAUCACAUUCAAAUAGUAUCUCGAUGUCAUCAGAAUUGACCAAAGCGACUUCCGAAACGAUUUCUUCCAAUGUGAUUUAUCCUUGGAUGAAGAAACUUCAUGUUAAAAAUCUCGUUCAAAAUAACGAUGGAACGGAAACGUACAAGCGCGUUCGAACAGCGUAUACUCGGAGUCAAAUCUUAGAAUUAGAAAAAGAGUUUCAUUUCAAAAAGUAUCUAAACCGUCGUCGACGAAUUGAAAUCGCUCGUACGUUAGUACUCACCGAACGACAAGUUAAGAUCUGGUUUCAGAAUCGACGAAUGAAAUGGAAAAAAGAUCACAAUUUGCCGAACACGAAAUCAAAAUUGAUCGAAACGUCAAUCAAGCAAGAACUGCAAGAUUAA